AUGAUUUUGGAUACGUCGGCUGGGAGCAUCUUCAACCGUUGGAAAAUUUUACAGUCAAAUUUUUUGGCAUCAAACCGAGUAUUAUCCGCGCACAGAAAGAAGUACACAAAAAGAGCAGCUAAGUCCGGAAGAAAUACAGGUAGAUACCAGAAGCGUGAAAUUAGACUAAGAACACGACGUCAACAAGGUUGGCGGUCAGGGAUCGGCAACGUCUUCACGGCGCCGGUGGAUCCGUGGCUAAUGAAUCAAAUGAAAUUACGAGCUAAUUGCGAGGCGCACAGUAGGACUAGACCGAGCCAUUGCUCCCCUACUAUAGACGAUCAUCUCGAGAUAGGAUGUCCAGCGUCUCACGGACCGCAGCUUCAGGGAUUGCCUAUCUUGAUGUAG